AUGUUGGAUGGUCAUACGCAGAUGGUGCUAGGGGACUCCCAAUCAGGAGACCUCUCGCCGUCGCAACUCACCUCCGCUUUCGACCACCGCCAACGACAGCCCUUCUGCGGCGAUUCGGAGGGCUGGGGUCCGCUCAGCUUGAAUGGCUUCUAUCUCACUUCGUGCUUUGUGGAUGUAGUUGUCGCUAUCGUCGCUGUGUGGGGUUCGUUGGCUGGUCUUGCUGCGCUCUGGAUGUUACUGAAGAAGCGUAUUCCGCAACCUGUCUCGAAGAAUUGGCAUUUCUAUGCUAAGCUGGUCGUUCUCGCUGGUCUGAUCUUCGUCACUGCCCUUGAACCAGCUUUGCAUGCCGAGACUCAACGCAAGACCUUCUAUGCCGAUUUCCGAUUCUGGUCCUCCGUCGCCACGCUUGCCUCGCUGGGUGUGAUAUUUACUGUGCAGUUCUAUGAGCAUUGGCGGAGUCGGCAGCCGAAUGGGGUUGUCCUGUUUUACUGGCUCUUCUUCAUCAUUGCCUACGCUAUUAAACUGCAGUCGCAUGUUGCUCAGAAGACUUACCUCCACCACCUCCCAUACUUUGUCUGCGUCAACGUCAGCCUGGGCCUUUCCUUGCUAGAAUUCUCCCUGGAAUACUUCGUUCCUAAGAAGCAAAGCGCCUAUGAUGCGCUCGGCGACGAAGAUGAAUGCCCUUAUAACUAUGCCGACAUCUUCUCAGUCCUUACAUUCGGCUGGAUGACACCGAUGAUGAAGUUUGGCUACAAGAACUACUUGACUCAAGACGAUCUGUGGAACCUUCGCCGUCGCGACACUACCCGAGUGACGCAUGAUGACUUGAAUGCCGCGUGGGAGGCGGAGCUCGAGAAGAAAAGCCCCUCCCUCUGGGUGGCUCUUUUCAAGGCAUUUGGCGGCCCAUACGUUCGUGGCGCGAUUAUCAAAUCGGGCAGUGACAUGCUUGCAUUUGUUCAGCCGCAGCUGCUGCGAUAUCUGAUCGCGUUCAUCGACUCCUAUCGGUCUCCCGACCCACAGCCAGUGAUUCGAGGUGUUGCCAUCGCCCUGGCAAUGUUCGUGGUCUCGGUUGUUCAGACCAGCUGUCUUCACCAGUACUUCCAGCGAGCUUUCGACACUGGUAUGCGGGUCAAGUCUGCUCUGACUGCCCUUAUCUAUGCCAAGGCCUUGCGACUGUCAAGCGAAGGUCGCGCGACCAAGACUACUGGUGAUAUUGUCAACCACAUGGCUGUUGAUCAACAGCGUCUUUCUGAUCUGACCCAGUUCGGUACCCAGCUGCUGUCAGCUCCUUUCCAGAUCACCCUGUGCAUGCUUUCCCUCUACCAGCUUGUGGGACCCAGCAUGUUUGCCGGUGUUGGUAUGAUGAUUCUCAUGAUUCCGCUCAAUGGUGUCAUUGCACGGAUGAUGAAGAAGCUACAGAUCAUCCAGAUGAAGAACAAGGACUCAAGAACCCGACUGAUGACUGAGAUUUUGAAUAACAUGAAGAGCAUCAAGCUCUAUGCUUGGAACACAGCAUUCAUGAACAAGCUCAGCCAUAUUCGAAAUGACCUAGAGCUUAAUACUCUCCGAAAGAUUGGAGCUACGCAGUCUAUUGCCAAUUUUACCUGGCAGUCAACUCCUUUCCUCGUCUCCUGCUCAACAUUCACUGUGUUCGUCUUGACUAGCGAUAAGCCCCUGACCACUGAGAUCGUUUUCCCCGCCCUGACACUCUUCAAUCUUCUUACGUUCCCGCUUUCUAUCUUGCCCAUGGUCAUUACCUCCGUCAUUGAGUCUACGGUUGCGGUGAAGCGUCUUGUGGAGUAUUUCACCGCAGAGGAGCUCCAGACGGACAGUGUCAACUUCCAGGAUCCCGUGGAGCAUGCAGGCGACGAGUCCGUCCGUAUUCGUGACGCUUCUUUCACCUGGGACCGCCACUCCGGAAUUCCUGUCCUCGAGAACAUUUACUUGAGCGCCCGCAAAGGUGAGCUCAGCUGCAUCGUUGGCCGUGUUGGCGCUGGAAAGUCCUCCUUGCUUCAGUCCAUCCUUGGUGAACUAUGGAAGAACCAAGGCGAAGUCGUCGUUCGUGGUCGCGUCGCGUAUGUCGCACAGACCCCUUGGGUCAUGAACGCGAGUGUUCGAGAGAAUAUCGUGUUCGGACAUCGAUGGGAUCCUGCCUUCUACGAUCUCACCGUAGAGGCUUGUGCUUUGGUGGAUGAUUUCAAGAUCAUGCCCGAUGGAGACCAGACUGAAGCACGCUUGACUCUCGCCCGUGCGGUCUAUGCUCGUGCGGAUAUUUACCUGCUCGACGAUGUUCUCUCCGCUGUUGAUCAACACGUUGGACGCCAUAUCAUCAACAAGGUCCUUGGUAGCUCCGGUAUCCUUAGCGGUAAGACCAGGAUUCUCGCCACCAACGCGAUCACUGUCCUCAAGGAGGCUGACUUCAUUGGUCUUAUUCGUGACAAAACCAUCAUCGAAAAGGGCACUUACGAGCAGCUGAUGGCCAUGAAGGGAGAAAUCUCAAACCUUGUCCGUACAAACCUGGCCGAAUCAGACGAAGAACGUUCCCCCAGCAUCUCAGAUGAUGGUCUUGCCAGUCCCAACACCUCGGAAGAUACCGCCGUGAUUGAGACUGGCGAGGGCUCAGACAGCGAAGAGUUGGAGGAGCCUGGCUCUCUUGUCCCCAUCAAGAGCCAUGGUGAUACCCGCAGAAGGACAAGCACCGUUACACUUCGCCGAGCUAGUACAGCGACUUGGCAAGGCCCACGUCGCAAGCUUGGGGACGAGGAAAAUGUUCUCAAGAGCAAACAGACCCAGGAGAUCGCGCAGCAAGGUAAGGUCAAGUGGGGCGUGUAUGGCGAGUACGCAAAGAACAGCAAUGUUGUUGCCGUGUCCUUCUACCUCUUCGCCCUUUUGGCCUCUCAGACUGCUCAGGUGCUUGCAAACUACUGGCUAAAGAACUGGACCGACUACAAUGAGGCCCAUGGUCGCAACGAGAGCGUGGGCAAAUUCAUUGGUGUCUACUUGGCUUUCGGUCUGGGCUCGUCUCUCCUGGUCAUCAUGCAGAAUCUGAUCCUGUGGAUUUUCUGCUCAAUUGAGGCUUCUCGUAAGCUUCACGAACGUAUGGCUUAUGCAAUCUUCCGCUCGCCCAUGAACUUCUUUGAGACCACACCCUCUGGCCGUAUCUUGAACAGAUUCUCCAGCGAUAUUUACCGUGUCGACGAGGUCCUUGCUCGAACCUUCAACAUGCUUUUCACCAACUCUGCCCGUGCCGUCUUCACUAUGAUUGUUAUUUCCUCAGCGACGCCGGCCUUCUUGCUGUUUAUCAUUCCGUUAGCCUGGGUCUACCUCAGCUAUCAGAAGUACUACCUGCGAACCUCUCGUGAGCUGAAGCGUCUGGACAGCGUCACUCGCAGUCCGAUUUAUGCACACUUCCAGGAGUCCCUUGGUGGUAUUUCGACUAUCCGUGCCUACCGCCAGGAGAACCGCUUUGCUCUCGAAAACGAGUGGCGCAUGGAUGCCAACCUUCGGGCUUAUUUCCCAUCCAUCAGUGCUAACCGAUGGCUGGCAGUUCGCCUCGAGUUCAUUGGUUCUAUCAUCAUCCUGGCCUCUGCCGGGCUUGCCAUUGUCUCUGUCGCAACGGGCAUCCGCCUCUCGCCUGGUAUUGUUGGUCUGUCUAUGUCUUACGCUCUCCAGAUCACUCAGUCUCUCAACUGGAUUGUUCGCCAGACUGUCGAGGUUGAGACUAACAUUGUCUCUGUUGAGCGUGUGCUUGAAUAUGCCAACUUGCCCAGCGAGGCCCCCGAUGUUAUCUUCAAGCGUCGGCCUGCCGUUGGCUGGCCCGCUCAGGGUGCUGUCAGCUUCAAGAACUACAGCACCCGGUACCGCGAGGGUCUUGACCUGGUCCUCAAGGAUAUCAACCUCGACAUCAAGCCUCACGAGAAGAUUGGUGUUGUCGGACGAACCGGUGCUGGCAAGAGUUCGUUGACAUUGGCCCUGUUCCGCAUUAUUGAGCCUUCUGGUGGUACCAUCAGCAUCGACGGACUCGACGUUUCCUCUAUUGGCUUGCUCGAUCUCCGUGGCCGCCUUGCUAUCAUUCCUCAGGAUCCCGCCAUGUUCGAAGGCACUCUCCGUGAUAACCUGGAUCCGCGCCACGCCCAUGAUGAUACAGAGCUCUGGAGCGUCUUGGAUCACGCCAAACUCAAGGAUCAUGUUACCAGCAUGGAAGGCCAACUCGACGCCCAGAUUCAGGAAGCAGGAUCCAACCUGAGUCAGGGCCAACGCCAGCUGGUCUCUCUCGCUCGGGCUUUGCUCACACCUAGCAACAUCCUUGUUUUGGAUGAGGCAACGGCCGCCGUCGACGUGGAGACAGAUGCGCUGCUUCAACGUACUCUACGAAGCAGUAUCUUCCAAGAUCGCACAAUCAUCACGAUUGCUCAUCGUAUCAACACCAUCAUCGACUCGGAUCGUAUCGUCGUCCUUGACAAGGGCCGAGUGGCGGAAUUCGACACUCCGGCCAACCUGAUCAAGCAAGGUGGUCGCUUCUACGAGCUGGCCAAGGAGGCUGGUCUUCUUGACAGCGACGGUCUCGCCAGUUCCUCCUCUCCUCGCAAAUAG